CCGUCUGAGCACACGUGGCACCGCCCCCCUCCACCAUGCAGCUGUGGAGUGCUGAGGACAAAGUCAACCUGCUCCAGUCACACUAAGCACCGCACGGGCCCCCCGAUGGCCCCCCGGCCUCAGUGCGCUUCAGCUCGCUCAGCGUUCACCCAUUGGGGCCAUGAAGACAGCCAGCUGUGCUCAGCCGCCCAGCACUUCUGCACUGGACCAGAUGAGGCGCUACACACCUGGGAUGUAUCCUUUCCUUUUCCCAUCUGUCCUCAGCUCCCUGCCACAGCUGCCCCCACCAUCGCCACAGGGGGUAGAAAUCCAGCAGCCAUCCAGCAGCGACAGCACACCUUCACCAGUCGCCAUUGAAACACAGAGCAGCAGUUCUGAGGAGCUGGUCCCCAGCCCGCCGUCCCCGCCGCCCCCUCCUCGAGUCUACAAACCCUGCUUCGUGUGCCAGGACAAGUCAUCUGGAUAUCAUUAUGGCGUCAGCGCCUGUGAGGGCUGCAAGGGAUUUUUCCGCAGAAGCAUCCAGAAGAACAUGGUGUACACGUGUCACCGUGACAAGAACUGCAUUAUUAACAAAGUGACGAGGAACCGCUGCCAGUACUGCCGCCUGCAGAAGUGCUUCACAGUCGGAAUGUCCAAAGAGUCUGUCCGAAAUGACCGGAAUAAGAAGAAAAAGGAGAGUCCGAAGCCAGAGCUGGCGGAGAGCUACGAGCUGACAGCUGAGUUGGAAACCAUCAUUGAAAAGAUUCGAAAGGCCCAUCAAGAAACCUUCCCCUCCCUCUGCCAGCUUGGCAAGUACACCACGAACUCAAGCGCAGACCACCGUGUGAGGCUGGACCUGGGCCUGUGGGACAAGUUCAGCGAGCUGGCCACUAAGUGUAUUAUAAAAAUUGUGGAGUUCGCCAAACGAGUGCCUGGCUUCACGGGGCUGACCAUCGCCGAUCAGAUCACGCUCCUGAAAGCUGCCUGCCUGGACAUUCUGAUCCUGCGAAUCUGUACAAGGUACACCCCGGACCAGGACACCAUGACCUUCUCAGACGGCCUGACCCUCAAUCGGACACAGAUGCACAACGCCGGCUUCGGCCCCCUCACCGACCUGGUCUUCACCUUUGCCAACCAGCUGCUUCCCAUCGAAAUGGACGACACAGAAACAGGGCUCCUCAGCGCCAUCUGUCUCAUCUCUGGAGACCGUCAGGACCUGGAGGAACCUUCCAAGGUGGACCAGCUCCAGGAGCCACUUCUGGAAGCUCUGAAGAUCUACGUGAGGAAGCGUCGGCCCAGUAAACCACACAUGUUCCCCAAAACCCUGAUGAAGAUCACAGACCUGCGCAGCAUCAGUGCUAAAGGAGCAGAGCGGGUUAUCUCUCUGAAGAUGGAGAUCCCAGGUUCAAUGCCACCACUCAUACAGGAGAUGUUAGAAAACUCUGAGGGCCAAGACAGCCAGAGCAGCAGCAGCGGUGGCAGCAGCACUUCAGUGGAGGCAGUGAGCAGCCCCAGUAGCAAGGGCAGCCCCAAGGAGGACACCGCCUCUCCAGAAUCACCACAGUCGUUGGACACAGAGGGUGCUGUGGCCACACCACCGAGUGACGAGCUCUAAGAGGUGUCGGUAGGCACCUUUGACACAUCCCUUUGCACAAAAAAAGCAAGUUGACAGCUGGAAAUGGCGACUGCCCCCAAGAAUCCCUCCUUUGCCUGGUAUUAUGUUAUCUGUAUAUCAUAUUUUUCCUCCCCUGAAAAACAAAACAACAUGGAGGCCUCAAAGGAUUAAUGCUUUGUGUCAUUUUGAGUGCAGCUCUUAUUGGGUGCAGUGUCCCAGCGAGGGAGCCAGUCUGUGGCCCUCACAGGUCCCUGAAGGCAGAGGCGAUGCUCCUCGGGUCUCCUGUGUAAAUUCUUAUCUGCAUGACGGGAGUUUGAUAAUCACUUUUACUGCUCUCUCUCUCUCUCUCUCUCUCUCUCUCUCUCUCUCUCUCUCUCUCUCUCUCUCUCUCUCUCUCUCUCUCACAUCUCUCCACCUCUGGUGUUCUUGGCAUCUAUGUACAUUGUACAUACCAUCGUGUGGUUCCAUCUCUGUUUCUAUGAUGAAUUUUGUGGUGCUUUUUUCAAUUUCUUAAAUAUUAUCUUUGAGGCGACACACAGAGAUUUAAAGUGGGACUGAUUGUAAGUCUCUGAAAAAAGUUAUCUAGAAUGUUACUGCAUAUAGACAUUAUGGAAGUCUAAUAUUUUAUAUGUGUUGCUAUAUUUAAAAUCAUUUUUGUCUUUUAUAACACUUAUU